GGAGAAGGAUCCCUCUUCUUAUUCUAUCGCCUCGCGGGGUAGGUCUGGAAAGCAAACUCUUCAGCACAAGCGGAACAAUCCCUUGGAAGAGCACUAUAUGGGAAUCUGAAUAUCUGGUCCCAGGAUCUUCUCCUUGCGCAAUGAAGGCGAAUCUAAUACCAUGUCGUCGAUCACUCGCCUCUCCACAAAAGGGCCAGCCCGGUAUCCUUCAUUGGCCAAAGACCUCUUCUGUCCCCCCCCUAUCCAAAAUCUCACAGUGAUGCAGGCGACGCGGCCAUUCGCACGACGGACGCCGGGUGCGGACGAGAGCUGCACUCCCUUUCUCAGCCAGAAUCCAUUCACGACAACACAGGGCCACAAAUGCGUGGCCACGCUAACCCCUGUCCAGAAACCGACUUUAGCCCCUUCACCUUGGCUCGUGCGCACCAAUCGUUCCUGGUACACAACGACUUUCCCAGACAAGCGUGAUUACCUAUCGCAAGUUUAUCACGACGUUCAGCAACAGACGUGCAGCAUGCAGAAAUUCUUUGAAGAAUCGCAGGAGACAAUGGAUUGCUGCAUGCACGAUCUGAAACGUCCAUGCAAUGAUUGUUUCUUUGUUGCUGAGAAGUGGACCUAAGGUGGCAUUGUCUUAUCAUGAACAAGAGCGAUACACCUCUGAAGACUUCCCCUUCUUUCUCUUCCUUUGUUCAAGUCUAUUUCCUCACCUGCUACACAAGGCUUUGCUCUAAUC